AUGGCUAAAUUGAGAAAGGCUGUGAGAGAUAAGAAAGCAAGAAUGUUAAGCUUCAGGUUUAUCAUGGAGAAGCUACAAAGGAGUCUCUGGCUAGCCUCAAGGUUAGCUUUCAACAACGACGAUGAGACAGGCGAGGUUGCUGAUGUUCCUGAAGAUGUCAAGGAAGGACAGUUCGUGGUGUUUGCCAUCGACGAAGGGAAUCUGACGAGGUUCAUUGUUGAAUUGGGAUAUCUGAAUCACCCCGAGUUCUUGAAGCUGUUAGAGCAGGCAGAGGAGGAAUUUGGGUUUGAACAGAAAGGUGCCCUAGCAGUUCCUUGUCAUCCAGAUGAUCUUCGGCGAAUCCUGGGAAGCAAAAGGAGGGAGGGGAAUGACGGCAUGGAUUGGAGUUCCUGUAAUAAGGCCACUGAUUGA